UUUUAUUUCUUAUUUGAAUGAUUCCCUUGGCUAAUGCACGUCAGCGAUUAAACACAAUGUUGUACGUGAUUGGCCUCCGUCUUCCAAUAUUUCCGGAGGAGUUUUUUUUAAAAAAGAAAGCAUACGAAGAGACACGUGUCGUUGGAAGUGGUCUCCGAAUUUUGGCGCGUUCCGAGUUCUAGAACUCCGGCCCGGUCCCGAGAGCCGCCGCGUUCUAGAACCCUGUUCCAGAUCAGGGAGGCGCCGCGUUCUCGAACCCCGGCCCGGAUCCGAGAGCCGCCGCGUUCUCGCACGCUGCAGAUUCCACAGCACCACCGUCCUUGCGCUGCAUCAGCCUCCGAAGAGCGGAACUUCACAAUCCUGCCACUCCACCACUCGCGUCUAUUUGGCUGAGGUCGACGUAGGGAGGAGCCGACAGUUGCCGAAGAGCCUCGGCUGCCUUCGCCACUGGCGCACUGGCUGGGAACGAACGCAUUAAAAUCCAAAUCUGGAUCCGCAGAAAUGCCUGGUUUGGUUUUCGAACCUUAGCGCAAGGCUAGAAGCUGAAUUUUCUUGGGCUGUGGUUUUUGCGUUUUACGAAUGUGACUUUACCCAAAGAUCAUCUACUUCCGCACAGGCCUGUAACGCAAACUCCAAGAUGGCGGCGCCUGGGAAUGAGGAGGAGGAACUAACGCAAGAACAGACAGAGAAACUGUUGCAGUUUCAGGACUUGACUGGUAUCGACUCAAUGGACCAAUGUCGACGCACACUGGAACAGCACCAUUGGAAUAUUGAGGCAGCUGUUCAAGAUAGGUUAAAUGAACAAGAAGGAGUACCCAGCGUCUUCAACCCACCUUCGUCUCGACCACUUCAAGUCCACACAGCUGACCACAGGGUCUAUAGUUAUGUAGUUUCAAGGCCACAGCCCAGGGGUCUCUUAGGAUGGAGUUAUUACUUGAUAAUGCUUCCAUUCCGAUUCACCUAUUACACGCUACUGGACAUUUUUAGGUUUGCAAUACGAUUUAUUCGGCCAGAUCCUCGGAGCCGUGUAACUGACCCUGUUGGAGAUGUAGUUGCAUUCAUUCAGAAUUUUGAGGAACAAUAUGGGAGGAUCCAUCCAGUCUUCUAUCAAGGAACCUACAGCCAGGCACUAAAUGAUGCCAAACGGGAGCUUCGUUAUUUAUUAGUUUAUCUUCACGGAGAUGACCAUCAGGACACAGAUGAGUUCUGUCGUAAUACAAUGUGCUCUCCAGAGGUUGUAAAUUUCAUCAACACUAGGAUGCUUUUCUGGGCCUGUUCCACUAGUAAGCCAGAAGGCUAUAGGGUAUCUCAAGCUUUACGGGAGAAUACCUAUCCAUUUCUGGCAAUGAUUAUGCUGAAAGAGCAAAGGAUGACAGUAGUUGGUCGUUUGGAAGGUCUUCUUCAGGCAGAAGACUUCGUCAAUCAACUAACAUUUAUUAUGGAUGCUAACGCUACAUAUUUGGUAUCAGAGCGACUUGAUAGAGAGGAGAGGAAUCAGACACAAGUGCUGAGACAGCAGCAAGAUGAAGCUUAUUUGGCUUCACUUCGUGCUGAUCAGGAAAAAGAAAGGAAGAGAAAGGAAGAACUAGAAAAAAGGAGAAAGGCAGAAGAGGACGUCAGGCAACAAAUGCUCGCAGAAGAAAGAAGACAACGAAGUUUGCAGGAAGAGAAGGAACGAAAGUCUGAACGUCUUCCCCCUGAGCCUUUUCCAGACCAUCCAGACAGUGUUAAGAUUGUCUUUAAGUUGCCAAAUGAUACUCGUGUGGAGCGACGAUUUCUAUUUACCCAGUCAUUGACAGUAAUAUAUGACUUUUUGUUCUCCUUGAAAGAAACUCCCGAGAAAUUUCAAAUAGUUGCUAACUUUCCACGUAGAGUGCUCCCCUGCUUGCCCACAGAGAAGGAGCCGAACCCCCCAACUCUGCAGCAGGCAGGAUUGAGCCGCUGUGAAGUCUUGUUUGUUCAAGAUCUUACUGAUGAUUGAAUCAGACACCAACAAUGGGAUAAGUUUUAAUAGCUGCACAGUAUAAAGGAUUGCAGAGACUUUUUCACAAACGAGCCAAGUUUCUGCUGCACACGUUGACAAAGGUCUAUGCAGCUAGGUUGCUCGUCAUUUCCUGGGAUGAACUGCGCUGUCCAUCAAUAUUCUACUUCUAAACAAAAAAAAACCUGAAAUGUUGAGCAGUUUUCCAUCAGAAGAUUAAAAAAAGUAUAUAAAAAAAUGAACCCAUUUCUCCACCCAGAUUGCACCAUUGGAGGGUCCCAACACCUUUCUGCUGGUUUUAUUUUCCCCACUUAUAUUUAUGUUGUAUUUCUAUUAAAAAGAUGAAAAAUUAGACCAAAGGAGGGUUGGCUGUUAUUGAAUUAUUGGAAGCUGAAUUGGUUUAAGUUCUUAUUACCAUGGCCUUUGCUAUGGUGAAGCCUCAGUAAGUAGCUUGUCAGCCUAUAGUGCCUGUGGUAACUAGAGCUUGCUCCACGUUUAAUACCUGAGCAGCCUUGUCGUCCUCGAGGUGUAAUUUAUUCCAACAGUUUAAAUUAAAACUGUUUUAGAAUUUUAUUGUGUUGAAUCAUUUUUGUAUGCAUAGAUUUGUUUUUAAACCAUUUUCUGUAACUUAAUUACAACUGAUAGUAGCUGUUCACAGUCCGCUUAGUCAAGUUUGAUGAGCAUUAAAAGUCUAUAUUGUCUUCACCCACUUGUUCCUUCUGAGCUUCCUGUCAUUGCCAAUGUUUACGUUUGUUGUUCGCCAUUCUCCACCACUGUAUUUGUACAGAUACUGUUGCAUCAAUUUCUGAUUUGUUACACCUAUUUAUAGUGUUAUAUGUUUUUAUUUUAUUGGGGAAAAAAUACAUAUUUAUAGCCUCCUGUGAGAACACGACCAAGGAAAUUAACACUUUCAGUGGAGAACGGCGCCCCCCCCCCCCCCCCCCUCCUUUUUAAACCAUGUGCCCAAUGGCCUCCUUAUCAGUUUGUUGCAAUGCAUCGUAAAUGUACUGUUGCUUCGAUACUGUUUGGUUAGGAAUAUUGUUUAGGAUUAUUGCACUUCUUUCACUAAAUAGCAUCUUGAUCAUUUGCAUGUUGUCAUAUGUUUUGCUGUUCUACCAAGAUGCAAUAUGACUUGUGUCUCGAUCUUGAAUAGAUAUUAGGUGGUAACCAAUAAUGAAAUUAUUUUAUCACCAAAACAGCUGUUGGCCUUAAUAUUAUAUUGGCUCAUUUAAUUAUAAUGAAGUGAUAGCAUUGACAUAUUUCCUCUUUUUGGUCAGACCAUACCCUAGAUAGGUGCUUGUAGCUAUUUUUUCUGAAUACGCAUACUUACAAAUUUUUUAUGAAUUGUGAAUAUAAGUUUGAUUAUUAUGGAGUGCCUAUAUACACUACUCCAAGAUAGAUGCCCAAGUUUUAUUGUGUGGUGUGAACCUAAAUGUGUUCAAUUUGAGUUUGCUUACAUUAACUAGAUUAAUAGUAUUCAAAUUUAGGAUUUCUUGCUUUUCUGUUUAAAGCGUAGUUAACCUUGAAUAUAUUUUUUAUAUAAAUCUAUAAUACUAUUCAACAUCACUUUUGUUUCUUAUGUUUGAUAUCCAAAGCAGUCAACAUUUCCAGAUGCCAUAGGCAUUCAUACAAGUUCAUUGAAAACGUAGUAGUGUACAAAAAUGAUCAGUAUUGGCUUUAAGUUCCUUCAAUGCUUUAGACUUAAACUGCAACCUUGAUUGCUUUUUGUACUUUUAGUUUUAGAAAACCUGUCUGACAUCAUAGACUAUGGUUUUGGUAGUCUUUGUUAUGUGCUUGCUGUCAUCAAUUACUGAAUUUUUCCUGUAAUUGCCAUUACAUUCCAUAGAUAUGGACCAGGUUGUUUGUUGGGUUUUCGUAUUGGGCUCAUAAUCUGCAAAACAAAAUUACAAUCUAAACGUUUUGUAUAUGAUUAUACAAGUGAGGAUCUGCAGAUUGUGGCUGCCAAAAGAAGCUUCUCUGUUACUGUUUGUGUAUGAGGCUUACUUAUUAGGUAGCUUGGAUAGAUUAGGGAUUUGGAUAUGUAGAGCAAAUGUCUUCCGAGCAGAAUAAGGUAUUUUGCAUCAUAGAUAUUUUACCAGAAAAUAUUGGAACUUCAUAAAUUUUGUUGCCUUGCUUUGUGUUAUGUCCAAUGCUUCUGAGGAUGUUGGCUCCCAAUUUGAUGCAGUUGGUGUAAAGUUCUAAAUUUUAGUUGGGGCAAACUACAAUGAAACAAGUAUUGACUUUUUAGGACUGGGUGGUUUUAAAAAAAAAUCGCGUCUCUUAGCAGAUGUACUCCCAUCAGUCUGACAUGCAAAUAUAAUUUUUUUUUCUUGGAUAUUUUAAUGGUCAUGUAGACUAUUGUUGUAAUAAUUUUUGUAAAAAUGUAAGAAAGUAUAUUCCUGAUGGUCUUUUUGAGAAAAAUGAGGCAAAUGUUCUCUAAAGGACCACAUUUGUUUUUCUUUUGAAGUUUAAUGUUUCUCAGACCUUUAUUUUUAAAAGCGCCAAAUUCAAUGAGUUACUCAAAAUUAAAAAUUUAUUUUUAAAGCCAUUUUGAAAAUGCAAUUUUUCUAAAGACAUAGCUAAUUAUUCUUGCUAAUUUGUCAGAGGAUAAUCUUCCUGCAUUUCAUGGCUUUCCUUUGCAAAUGUUUGAAUCAAUUUCUUUGUCACUUUUAUACAUUUCUGGAGGGAACACAUUUUUGAACCACUUCUGUUCAGACUGUGAAUAGACUUGUGACAGGCACUGAGAAUUAAGCGAGCUAAAUACAAACUAAUGCCAAAACCUGCUACUAUUUUUCUGUUCAUUUAGAAAUGACCAUUUUCAAAACCAAAAUCUCUACCAUGAUUAAAAAGAUAAACAAGAAUAGGGCAUUGAGUGAUACUGCAUCUGAAAUUGAAUUCUGAAAAUAAGUCUCCAUGCUCAAUCUGAAAUUGAACUUGCUAUGUAUGAUGCUGUAAAUUCAGAUACUUGACCCAUGUCUUGUAACUUAUUGAAGUUGAAUGAAUACAAAAUAAUUAUUACUUGA